AUGGAUGUCAACGCUCCUGGGAUCACAGAAAGUGUUGUUUUUGAACUUUCUGAAUGUUACGGUCUAAACAUAUCUCAAAUCAAAAGCAAAGGUUUCUCUAAAAGUGCACCUGAUUUUUUAGACGUUGCUAAAGUGUUACAAUUCCUGUUGGAAGGACGUUGCAAUGACCAUCUCGUGGAGAUUGCUUUUGGAAGAACCAGAAGUAUAAGACAUUCAUUGUUUUUUAGUGAUGAUCCUAGACGAAAGAGUCGGUUAAAAGCACUGUCAUGGUUUGGACCUCUUUAUAAUCCUGACGUGCAAACCAGAUUGUUUGAUUACUUCUUUGAACUAUACAAAUCCUGUAUGGGAGAUGCUGCUUACACUAUUCCAUAUAUUUAUGAAGUUUGGAUACCAGAGGGUAUUGUGAAAUCGAUUGCUCUAGUUGAAAAUAUAAGUCAAGAGGAAGCACAAGUUUUGUUUGAUGAUGCUGAAAGGCAUGAAUUAUUACUUUCAGAAAGAAACCUGUAGGAGGAAUUUUCACGAUGCAUUUUGUUAAGCUUAUUCAAAGCCAUGUCUAAUAACUUGAAGCAGUUCUCCUACAGCCAUGCCAUUCGACAUCCUUCAGAAUGCAUUCACAUUUUGUAUAUUUGCAUUGAUAUUGAUGGUUAUGUGUUUUAGGUAUUUAGUUAAGCAUUUCAACUUUAUGUGUAUAGUUUAUUAACAUUUGUAUGUUUAUUUUUUUUUUUUUUUUUUACCUGAUGAUUUAACUUCUCUCCCCCCCCCCCAGCUAUUUGAACAACGUUUAUCAUCCUUCAUUUCAUUGAUGAAUUGUAAAUGAAAUACAUGAGACAUGUACGUAUAUGUCAAUGGAAUUUUAGUUUUGUUUGAUUAUAUUUUAAAUUUGCUAAUUCUAUAAACUAUCUGCUGUUGUUUCUUCUAUGAAAUGUGCUGUGUGUGAAGUUUUGAAUAGGCUUUGUUAAUAACUUAACAGUAAUGAAAAUCCUCAUCUCAAAAAUGAUAAAUUGUUAUGUUUUUUCUUCUAAGUCAGGAAUGUAUAGCUGAACCUCCUGUUAGCAGAAACUCAUGAGACCAAGGCUUUUAUCCAUUAUCAGGGAGUGUCCACUGAGUGAGAAUACAUUGGUCUCUUACUUCAAGAGUUUGGUGAUUCAAGAACUAUUUGCUAAUAAAGGAGUGUUUGUUAGUGGAGGUUCUAUUGUACACACUUUUCCAAAGUUUCUAGCUUUUAAAGAAACACUCCUAUAUUUACAAAAUUUUUUUUUUUUUUUUUUUUUUUUUUUUACAGCAUCUCUUAAAUGAUACAUAAGAUAUUUUAAACUUUUGAAAGCCAGCAGUUGUUGAAAUUAACCUUUACUGGCCUAGCAUUAUUCUUGAAAUAUGAUUUGACAAUGCAUUUUAGAUAUUUCUGUAAAUCAUUGAAUAUAUUUGUGCCCUAAAACUUUGAAAAAAUAUAAGAUGAAUAUUCUCUACAAAGACACAAAGUAAAUAUUUUGAGAAACAUUUAAUCUAGUCACAUUUAUGUAUAUUUAAAGCUUUUUAUUUUAAUUAUAUGAAAUUUUUUGAAAUAAACUUAUGGAUAUUUUCUCACCAAGUGAUAAGAAAUCGCACUUAUUUCCACGUUAUUGUAGGAUAUUUACUUCUGAUUGCUAUAUUUAUGAGUUCUAUAUGUUAAGAAGAAAGUGCAUCUAAUUUAUAAAUUUUAUUGGCUUACUUUGCAACUUUGGUGUAAUGGUCUUAAAAAUCCAGUGCUUUGUAUACACAAAAUGUUUUCCUGUUUAUUUGUUGUCUUCAGUUUGAAUUUUUUAUUGUAUUUUCAGCUAUCUCUUCUCUCUUUUAUUAAUAAAAAAAUUUAUUCAUUUUUUGUUCUGAUUUGCCUGCUUCUUACAAAAAGUAUUUUAAAACACUCCGUGCCAUUUUUUGUUGUGAAUUUGUAAGUUGUUAUGUUACUGAACAAAUGUACUAUAAAUAUAAAUAUUAUUUUAAGAACUCUUAAUAUGUUUGUAAUAUAUUUGACCAGAAAAAAUGAGAUGUACAUAGUAUUAAAAUUUUCUUUCCUUACAACAAAAUUUGUUUCUUACUCUGGCAUGGAGUUUCAGCCAAUUUGGCUUAGUUCAUGUGUUUAAGGAUCUCUUAAAGAGCAUAUAUCAUUUUUUUCUUAUGUUGUAGCUUUAAUGAAAGACAUACAGUCCUUUGCAGUGUUAUGCUUGCAGGCGGGGAUGUUCUCUAGGCUGGCAGCUGAGACAGAGUUCUUUCAUGUAUUGGAUAUUUGUUUGUUCUUUUGGGCUGCAAUUGCAUCCAUUUUUAAUAUAUUGUGCGCAGACUUCUUUUACAAAAGUUCUUACUUAUAAACAGGAUGAAAUGUUUGUCAGAACUUUUUGACAUAAGAAAAUUUAAUGUUUUGCCUCAUUUAAGUAUGAUUUCAGUGAAUGAGAUGGUUGUGAGUCAUAUAUUAAAUACAGAUAAUUUAUAUUAUGUAUGGCUAAAUGAUAUUACAUUUUUAAAAAAGUCAUCGAAGAUGUUAGAAUUUGAUUAAAAAUUUAAUGAACCAAGAACCACUAAUUUCAAUGAAAGCAAAAAAUGUAUUUCUGUUGGUUGAAGGAAAAGUGAUUUUGACUUGCAUACUUUCCUGCUUGGUUAUUACAGUUUUAUAAAAGGUUUUUUUUUUUCUUUUUGCCUUCUCUCGUUUUGUUAAAAGUAUUACUGUGAAAAGCUUCUUACUGCAGUUUCUUUUCUUUUUUCCUCCGCUCCUCAACAUCAUCUUAUAGAGGAAAAUGAUCUGAGUGUAGUUCUUUCAUUUGAAGUUUAGUCUGUUCUCUAUGGAAAAUGCAGUUUGUAUAAAAUUUCAGUCAGAAAGGUAAGGAUUUUUUUAAGAUAUACCUGUAAUUUUGCCAAUGUUAUUAAUGUGUUUUGAGAUAUCAUCUUUGCAUAUGCAAUAAAACUGAAGUUUAAUGUUAACAUGUGAUUUUUAAAUAUUUAUUUGUUAAAGCAUUUUAAAUUUUAGAUGUUUAAAGGAGUAGGCUAUCAAACAAAGUAUCUAAAGAAAAUUCUGUUUUCUGAUAUGAAAAAUUCUCAGGAAAUAUUGCUUUUGGAUGCAUUUAAUUAUGGCUGUUUGUAUUCCUUCAGGUCAUUUUCAUAAGCAUUACUAAUUACUUUUGUACUUUUAAGUAAUUUCGUAAUUUGACUGGUUUAAGGAACUAGUUUAAUAGCACUGUCAGAAUAUUAAUCUAGUCUGUUUCUAGUGUCAAAUACAUUUUGGUCUUUGAAACUGUAAGUAAUUUUUGUAUUAUCUCAUAAUGAUGAGAAAUCUAAAGAAUGCACUUUUAUUGUUGUACAAAAAUUGAACAAAAGUUUAUUUUUGAAGAUUUCAAAUCAUGAUGUAGUAGGUUAUAAUGAUGAAUUUAUGUGUUAAUCUAUGCAUUGUAGUUUUAAAUGAAAAUGUAAGACAAAAGCAACCAUUAAAAACAUGUAACACAUAUAUAUAAAAAUGAUUGAAGAACUGGUUUUCAUUUUGUAACUUUUUAAAAGCUUAGAACUGCAAGGUUUUUAGAGACCAGUGUUAGAGAUAUGUAUUUUUUUUUUUUUUUUUUUUUUAAACUUCUAAUACAAUUUCACUUCAAAUUACUCAAAUUCUUUCAGUACUGAUUGCUAUAACUUAAUUGUUAAUGAAGAAAUUAAUAAAAAGACAUACUUUGUAAUUAAAGGUAAAGACACUACUUUUUAUAAGAUUUCUCUUAUAUUAUGUGAAUAUUUAUAAAUAUAUUGCUUUGUGUCUUUGUGUUAAGAAAAUAAAUUUCAAAACAACUUACUAAUUUGAAUAUUUCUGUUUCCUUCACAUUUUCUGUGGUAAUUAUAGCUACACACAUGUUCCAUCCUUUUUUCUUUAAUACAUUAUGCAUAUUUUUUGUGAACUUUUGAAGCAGAUUUUAUUUAAAUUUUGUACACUGAGUUCCUGCACUUAUGCUAGCAAAAAUGCAUUUACUGAUAAUAGUUUAAGAUAUUGUGCAUCAUGAAUUAGUUAUUAUUUUGCAGAAUAUUUAUAUGUAUCUGUUAGUUGUAAUAAUAAUUUCUCCUGUCAUUUAAUUACAACUAGUCAUUAAGUAAUAGAGCUGUGUACCAUAUGUAGUUAUAAUAAAAGCAUAAAAUAGUUUUAAGUUUUUGUAAUUGUGUUUAUGAUUGCAGUCAGUUAACUGAACUACCGAAGUAGUCUCAGAGAAAAUUAUAUUUAUGAGGUAAAUAUGGAAAUCCCCCUUCCAGAAAAUAUUCUGUGUUCUUAAGGUGAUCACUUUUGCUAAAAAUACAGCUGAAAUUUAAUUAUAAUAUAUAAAAUUUUUGUCACCGUCAUGCUAUAUAUAUUUAUCUUUAAAAUAUCCUUUUCCUCUACAUGUAUAUGUAAACCAGUUAUGUGUUUUUUCUGAGUAUUAUAAAUGUUAAAUAUUAAAAAGCUAUGUGCAUUUUGUAAUGGCUGUUUUCCUCCUUUUGCUUCAAAUAUGGAUGUUGCUUUAUUGUGAAAAGAAGUUGAUGUAUAAGAAUUAAUUGAACAAACUUAUGUGGUAUUUAAUUCUUUGUGUGGUGACUAAUAAGUUAUUAAUAGAUAUGGAACUUACUGUUUGUAUGUUGAAGCGUAUAAAUAUUUACAAAUCUGUUUGAAAAAUUCACUUGAAAUUUAAUAUUCAUUGUCGUAACUUGCAAAGUUGUAAUGUAAAAUGUCAGAAUUAAGUAGUGCUUUUAGAAAGAAGUGAAGAUCUUUUGACUGCUUUUUGCUUUUUGAAUAGAAUUCAGAAUUUUUAUUAAUAUUGGAACACUUUAUGUGCAUAUAUGAAGCCUGAAAGACACGAGUAAGUUCUGAAAUUUCACUGGUGAGAGGAUAGGGGAACCUUGAGUUGCUCAAGCUUUUCAGCAGUCAUUGCAUAAUACACAUAUUUUGUAAGCGCCUCUGAGCAAGAGACUCAUGCCAUUUCUUCACAGUUAUAUCUAUUUCUGUAUAACUAAAUUUCAUUACUUCAUAGUUGGCGAUAUCAAAUAUGGCAUUUUUUAAAGAAAAAUUAUGAAGUAAUUCAAAUUUGUAUUCAGUUUUACUCAGUUGUGUGAAUCUUCAUUAUGUAUGUUACACAUAAUUAAUUCUUAUGUUCAUGAAUUUGUUUAUUUAAACCAAAUAUCUUUCAGUAUAUUCUCUAACAGAAAUGAAUUUUCACUUGUAUUGGAGAUACUUCCAUUCAGAUUGCAGAAAGAAUGUUAAAAUGAAUUGCUUCUGUUUUUCUACAUUCAUUCACCUAAUAUGUAAUUGCUUUUAAGUUUUAUUUUAUAACUUCUGUUUUCAUUAAAAGGAUUAUUUCUAUUCAGGCUUGAACCACAUUUAAAAUGAAAAUGUAUUACAGAUUUGUAAUCAAUGCAUUUCUAAAAACUUAAUUUUAUGUUCAUGAAGAUACUGGUGGAAUUUACAUUAUCCCUAGUAAAAUUUAUCAAGGAAGAAUGAAGUACUUAAUUAUCUUUAAUAGAUCACAUAUGUAAUGAAUAAAUGAUGGAUUUUAUGAACUGCAUUCAUUUUUCUCAUUUUAUUGCUAGGGAAUAAAUUAUAACAACACAAGGUAAUUUAAAUAUAUUUUGUGGAAUUUAUUGUAUAUAUUCAGUGGAAGUUUAAUCAGUUAUUGAAUUUAAUCAUAUAUUAAAUAUUCAGUUUUUUUAAUUAAAUCGGGUAUCAUUUUCUAUGAUAAAUCAAUGUAAUAUUUCACCUUAUAAAUGAUAGUAAGAAUCACAUUAGUAUGAAUCAGAUUGCUGCUUCAUGGUGUUUUGGUGUCAUAUUUUUUAAAGUAUGGUAUUUAUUUAUUUGCUUGAUAUGAAACAUUGUAUUUGAAAAAUACAUUGUCAAAUUGGUUUUCAAACUGCAUUUGAUUAAGAACUUAACAGUUUUGAAAUUUUGUAUAUUGUGAAUUUCUGAAAAUUGUCAAGCAUCAAUACUUUGUUGAAUUAAUAAAAAAUUUUCUGAUUAGUAUUAGAUGAUAAGAUUUUUGACUUUCAUUUAAUUUGUGUAAAGUUUUGAUUAGGAAAGUAAAUUACUGAAUUCAGGUGCAAAAAAUGAAAGAAGAUAAAGUUAUGUAAGGGAUAUUUCAGAUACGGGUUUUGAACAAAAUUAUGCAAAUCCACUUUAAGGAUUUUUGAUUACAGCAUAAAUCAUAAACACUUAGUUGUCCUGUUCAAAUGCAUCUGUUGAAAUUUUUCUUAAGCAAAUUGUUUUGUUUCUUAUUUUGUGCACAGAAAGGAUAUGAAAACAGUCAUGGAAUUAAUCCAUUCUGCUGGUGGACUUGAGGCUUCUUUUAAACACACAUAUUAUUUUUACUGCUGCAUCCCUGAAAAUAACAGCAAAGGGCAAUCAAUAUCCAUACUUAUUCUUAAUUUAUUCAGCAUUUCUUGGUCAAUAGUAUUCCAUUGCAUUAUUUCUCAACCUUUUUCAUUCAUUAAGAAUUAACUUGGUUUCUGUAUGGUAUUAAUGAAUAUUCUAUUCAAAGAUUGAAAAAAAAAAAAAAA